UUUGCUCACGCAAUGAUCGUGUUUUUCCCCAUCUCUCAUUAGCACUUUUUCAUUGGUUCUCGUGAAUAUUUCAGAAGGAAAUUGGUUCAUCAAUACGCGUUACUAACGGAUUACAAUUUUUCUUGAAAUAUCAUCAUUAUUUUCAAAAUUUUUGCAGAUUCCAAAUAAACGAGUACGAGUGACAGAUUUUGUUUGUCCAAAAAAAAAGAAAGCAAACAAAAGAGACUCUUUCGUUACUCAAAGACGAGAAUCGCUCAACGCUUGAACCGGUGAGUUUCCAAACAAAAUAUUGUUUCGAAGUACAGCGGACAAUCUCAAAGCGAAUUAUGUCUGUACAAAGUGUUGCUCUGGCAUCUCUCACGGCCACGUAUACCGACUCGGAAGGAGAGGAUGGGGUGGAAGAUGACCUCCACGAGAUGUCAAAUACACCCCGUGGGGCUGCUCCUCACAAUUCCCAAAUCGUUCAACCCCAUUUAUUGGUACAACAACCUACAAUCAUCACAUCUCCCAUAAUUGGUAGCACAACAUCUCCCGUUGUCAAUUCCAACAUCAUUGGAAAUAAACGACAACCACCCAUCAAUUUAAUGUACAAUGCACCCACUUUAGUAACAACAGUGACCUCAAGUGUUCAUAGUUUGGUAUCUUAUCAUGAUGACACUGUUGUCUCUGAUGAUGAGGGUGGCGGAGGUGGCGUUACAUUUAUUACAACGACAAUGAUUGGUCAACCAAUGGAAAAUGGUCGUCUAAUCAAUGUCGGUGCUAAUGAACAACAACAGCAAGAGCCUUCGCCCACCUCGGGUCAAGACGAAUUGAUUUCAGAUGGCGAAAUGGAUACAUUUGGCGUUGUCAUACCACCAGAGCCAAUUGGAAUAUGUCCACUUGAUUUACAGGAUAAAAUAACGGCAUUAUUUAAAAAAAUGGAAACAGGCGGUCUCGAUAUGAACAAAGUAAUACAACAGCGUAAGGACUUUCGUAAUCCAUCAAUUUACGAGAAAUUAAUACAAUAUUGUAAAAUUGACGAACUUGGUUCAAAUUAUCCACCUGAACGUUUUGAUCCUUGUAAAUGGGGUAAGGAUUCAUAUUAUGAGGAAUUGGCGAAUGUUCAAAUGAUUGAAAUGGAGAAAUUGAAGGCAAAACGAAAGGAAAAAGGAACGAAGAUGGAGAUUAUUUCGGGUUUAGCUAAACGGCCAAGUUCAUCGAUUACAACUGCCGAUGAGGAUGCAAAAAAACGAAAAAGUAAAUGGGAUCAGGUGGCAACUGGUGCAACAGCGGCGAGCGCCGCUUCAACAACAGUGUCAAAGGCAACGCUACCAAUACCAUUGACGACAUUCACAACAUUAACGCCCUCUGUAACGGGUACAAAAGCCACUGUUAUCUCCGCCUUUGGAUCAUUACCAAAGAAAAGACUGUAAUGUAAUUUCCUGUUCUUUUUUUUUCUUUCUCUUUUGUAAAUAGGACACUUUUUUUUGUGCAUUUUCUAGGGGGAAAAAAAUGGUCAAUUGUCUGGAUGCAUCAUCGCAGAAAUCAAAUUAACGAAAAGGUAUUUAGUUUUUUGUUUAUUUUUUGUUAUCUUUCCUGAGAUAAAGAAUUUAAAACUAGCGUUCUCCAAAAAAUAUUCGACGCUUUUACUUUUCACCAAAAAAGUAGUGGCGAAUUAUUUGCAAUGCUUUUAAUUUACAUUAGAUUUUUUUUUAUUAUUACUAUUGUAAAAAUAAUGUAGAGUCAGUUGGGGUAAAUCGUAACAGUAGUUAUUUCAGUUAAAUAAAAAAUUUUAAAAAUAAAUACGGCCUUAUACCUUAGAUCACCCCCCAACAAGGUUUAAGGCCGUAUUUAUUUUUAAAAUUUUUUAUUUAACUGAAAUAACUACUGUUUCGAUUUACCCCAACUGACUCUAGUGGAAAAAAAAACUUUUAUUAAAGUUGCAAAUACUGUUAAGGGUACUUAGCCUCGUAACAUAACCUCGAAAAUUAUUUUUCACAGAACUAAAAUUAUAAUUGUAACGCGCUCUAAAAAAAGGGACCUUAGAAGCAAACUAAUUAUAGGUUAUGUUUUCGGUAAUUUUACCUUCAUCAAAACAUAACCUAUAUUUUUUUUGCAUCUAAGGUCCCUUUUUUCACAGAGUGUCACAUUUCAAAUAUUGAAAGAUUUGUACAAUUUUCAAAAAAAAAAAAAUAUUUAUUUUGUAUUUUUUAUUCAAUUUUUUCAAAAUCUCAUUUUUUCUCUGAAAUAUUUUCUACAAUUUUGAUUUGACAAAAUUUUAGAAAAUCUCUCCAAAGAGGAAAAUGAUCUGUUAUUUAUAUAAAAAAAAUUUGGAUAAAAAUUAACAAAUAUUUACCAUGAAACAAAAAAUAUAUAAAAUAAUUAUUAAACAAAUAUUUGGGCAAAAAUAAUUUAUUUGAAAAAUUAUACAACUGAAUUUUUCCUUAAUUAUGAUAAAAUUAAUUUUAUUUCUAGUUUUAUUGGUUAAAAAUAAUUUUUAUUUUGAGGUUAUGUUAAUGGGCUAACCCUUAAGGUGGAUGGAGGUUCUAACAUAACCUCAAAACUGAAAAAUAGUUUUCUAUUCUACACGGAAGAAGAUAUUUCUAUAGUAUUCUUCAAAAACUUAAAUUUUUUUUUGCAAAUUUUCCUAGUUUAAAUAUUGUAAAUUCCCCCCAAAAAAAGAGUAAUUUUUGUUUAAAAAAAUUUUUACAAUUGUAACUGUAUCAACUGACACAUCCUUUAAAUUGACAUAAUUCUUCCCUAAGACUGUAAUUUUUUUAAUAUUUCAUAACCUCUAAAUACUCAUCUAAAGAAAAAUUGCAAAUUAAAAUAAAACGUGUUUUAGAAAGAGAAAUAAAUUAAAAAUUCAUAUUAAUAUUAUUAUAAAUUAAUUUAAUAAAAAAAAAUUUAAGAAACCCAAAUUAAUGGAUCAUAAAUUAAAAAAAUUAUUAUUAAUUAGAAAUUAUUUUAAAAAAUUAUUAAUUAGAAAUUUUAAAAUUAAAUUAAAUUAAAAAUUUAAAAUUUUUUAAUUAUUAAUUUAUAAUAAAUUAUAAAUAUUAAAAAAUACUUUUAUAAAAUUUAAUAUUUAUUUUCUUUCCGUGAUAGAGUAAUAAAUAAAAAAUAUUCGAUAUUUUGAGGUUAUGUCAAUUGAUAAUUAAGAUAUUUAAAAAUAAUCUAACACCUUUUCGCUAAUUUGAUUUUCGAUAAAAAAAAAUGAUAUACGCUCAAAACAGAAAUUUGAAUUUAAUAUUUUUAUUUCAAUUCGAAUAAUCUGUAUAAAUUAAAAUAAUAGAAUUUUCAAAACUAGAGAGCAGUGCCUCUAGCAUUUAUCACCAAUAAAUUAAUAUUAAAUAUUAUUAUUAUAAUUAUAAUAUCAAUGUAAAAAUAUUAAAUAAUUAUUGUAUUUUAAAAAAAAAUCUAUUAAAACAAUUUUUUUUUCUAUUGGGCGAAACUUUCAGACAAUUGACCAAUUGACACGCAUAAUAAAAAAAAAAUAAAUUUUUUUUUUUUUUGAGAAAUUAACGUGUUAACUCGAUGUUAUCGAAGUUUCAAUUUAGAUACAUAUUGCGAAUGAAUUUUCUAAUAGAAAUAUAAUUUUUUGUUCAACCUUUUGUAAACUCGAAGUUCUGAGAUUUGAGAGCACUGUAAGUGUUUUUGAAAAAAAAAAAAAAAAAAAGAAUUUUUGAGCAUUUUCUCUCAGUGAUAAAGAGAGAAAGAAAAAUAAUUUUUAUUCUAAAAGUGUUGAAUAAAAAAAAAAAAAAAAUAUGUUCAUUAGAAAUCGCGCUAAUUGCAAUUUAGUCAAAUUUACAAAUUGGUAUUUAUGCGGACUCAUGUAUAGUAUAGAUAUUAGUUUCAAUUAUUAUACAUAAUUCAAAAAAAAAAAAAAAAUGAAUGGAAAAAAAAAUUUAACUGUAAAAAAAAGCGUUCAGUCCACUAAACUGUUCACGAGUCGAUUGUUCAAAUAACUUUUACCUCAUAGGCUGGCGUUUUAGAAUAUUUAUUUACCAGAAUAAAUCUCACGAUGGACGAGAUAAAAAAAAAAAAAUAUUAAUUUUCACUAAUCGAAUGUCGGUUCUUUUGUUUGUAAUUUUUUUUUCAGGUAUUUCGAUAUUUCUCUUCAAUUUGUCUAAAAAUUAAAAAAAAAAUACUCUUAAAAAUUCAAAAUGAAUUUUUUCGUAAAUUUCUCUUUAAAAAAAAAAAACGAAAUUUCUUUUGAUUCUUCGAACGAUUUUCGAUUUUUAUUUUUCUUUUUUUUCUUUGUAAUUAUUGAAAGGAAAAAGAAAAGAAAUAGUUUGAAAAAUUGUAGUUUGUAUGAGAAAAAAAAGCA